AUGUCGCGAAAAGCGGAUGCGUUUGAUUUCGAGUCACUUGGAGUAGAAGAUUUCUACAGCUUUUUGGAAGUAGAUUCAAGUUGUACUGAAAAAGAGAUUACAAAAGCAUACAGAAAGAGAGCUCUUCAAUGUCAUCCUGAUAAAAAUCCAGACAAUCCUGCAGCAGCUGAAAAAUUUCAGAAAUUGUCACGGAUAUAUGAAAUUUUGUCUGACACCGUUGCCAAGGCUGUUUAUGAUAACUUGAGGAAAGCCAGACGGAAACAGAAAGAACGAAAUGAAGCACUGGAUGCAAAAAGAAGAAAAAUCAAAGAAGAUUUGGAAAGACGCGAACAUCAGUCCCUACAGGACAAGUAUGAUGAACAAGCGGCCGUCAAGAAAUUGGAAGAAGAGAUCAAACGGCUGAGAGCAGAAGGCUCAAAGAAAGUAAAAGAGCAAGAACAACUAAUGAAACAAAAACUAGAAGGCAAGACAGAAGAGAGUAAAGCAUCUGCUGCCACAGUGAAGGUCAGGUGGAAAGCCAAGAAGAGCGAUGAAACAAAUGGAGGGUACAGCAAGGUGUUGCUCACUCAAUUGCUACAAAAGUAUGGUGAUGUGGAAGUGUUGGUGUCCCUGAAAAGAAAAGGCAGUGCUAUUGCUGCUUUCUCUGACAUCCACAGUGCAGCAAUGGCCAUCCAGAAUGAAACUGGUUUGUCUGAAAACUGUCUGACAUUGUCGUGGGCAGAUGGAGAACCAGUACAUCAUGUAGGGAAGCAGGAGCCACCUGAACCUGCUAUACAGCAAGAGGAUGUGGGAUCUGCUGGUCUCUCAUCAGACCGAGAUUAUGAAAGUGUAGUAUUGACACGAAUGAAACAAGCACAAGAGAGAAAAAGGCUUGCAGAACAAUUGACAGCGGAAGAUAACGAUAUGAUAUAAUAUAUUUGCUGUACACAUAAAUCAGUCUGUAGAUACAUUUUCUAUGCUGUCACACAGUGUGAAUGAUCAAUCAUCUGGUUUGUA